AUGGUUACUUUGACUCUGCUCGCUACAUUCAUCGGUCUGGCCUCAGUGGGCCAGUCUCACAUGAACUUUGCACGCAUUGCGCUCAACGGCGAAUGGCAAACCCCAACGCGCUUCAUCCGCAACAGAACAACGCCCUUCGUAGAGCCACACAGUCCGCCAGCCUUUGUAGAAAACCGGAACUACGUCGACCCGACAUAUCCCUCUGACCUGCCAGACUCUGUGCGUUGUGGCCGCGACAACGUGGCCCACGCGCAGGGCACAGAGAUCCUAAAGGUCAAGGCAGGAGACACGCUCGAAUUCCUGCCGGUUCCGUUCUCGCCUCUGAAUUGGAACACGUACAACGAAGUGCCGGAUGUGCAAUGGUAUAACUGCUCUGGGGGAAGAGGGGGUUGCAGUGAGGAGAGUCCGAAUCUUUUUAGCAUACUUCAUCCAGGGCCGGUGAUUGUGCAUCUGUCGAAGGCACCCGCUGGACAAGAUGUCCGCGCGUACGAUGGUAGCGGCGAAUGGGUCAAGAUAUACACUGUUGGGCUGGAAAUCCGACCCGAGCUCGAGGAACCUGUGUUCUGGCUCCCGCUCGACGGCAACAACGGGUCGCGACGCUUCAUCUUCAAGCUUCCCAAGCAAACACCGGCGGGCCAAUAUCUCCUCCGCGUGGAUCAUAUCUGGCCCGGAGUCAUCCAAAGUGGUAUUGUGCCUCAGCUGUACCCAGCCUGCGCUCAUAUCGAGGUGGAAAGUGCUAUAAAUGGAGAACUUCCUGCAGGAAUUAAGAUACCUGAGGGCUUGUCGAAAACGUCCCCCGGGAUAUCCGUGUCAGACGACCAAUACUACGGUCGCAAAGUCGAUGCGGGUUAUGUUUAUCCAGGAGGCCCGAUGUGGGACGGUGAGAAGUUGGUAGAGGACAAAGCGCCAUCAUCGUAGAAGGGAG